AUGAAUGAUGCUUCUUUACAAGUGAUGAUUAAAAGUCAGGGCCUCCUGCUCAAAUUUCAGAAAAAAUACAAUGAACUUAAGAAAUGUGAUAAAACAUUGUCUUCUUGCGCCCCUCAAAUUCCUGAGGUUGAACCAAAUUUAAUAUCUUCCCCAGAAACUGAAAAGAGUAAAUCAUCAAAACCAUUGAGUGAUGAUAUAAUCAAGGAGCAAUCCAAAAUAUAUGGUAGAAAUAAGAGAAAUGCUAAAUUAUCUAAAUGGCAGGAGUCCGUAAAUGAUGCCGCAUAUAAUAUAGUGAAACAAUCUCCAGAUAAAAUGUACGACAGGGCCCUUUUAAAAAAUGCAGCAGAGGAAGAUGCACGAAAGACAUUUGUUUUUCAAAAGAAAUGUGGCUCAAGGUCAAGAUAUGUUGUCGACUGUAAUGUAAAGAGAGUAAAAAUGUCAGCUGAAGGCAGAGAGGAAGGUAUUAAAUUGUGCUCUAUCAACCUGCAAUCGUUAACAGAGCAAUGUGAAAAUAAACGAAAAGAAAUCACAGCUGCUAGUAAUUUGAAAAAUUAUGAACACUGUUCCAAGUUGCACAAAGAGUUGCGUUCACUUUUAAAUGAAAAAGGAAAAACUGAACAUAAACUUGAUAAGUUGAAGAAAAAAGUAAAAAGGCAUUUACGGUAUGCUGCAAAUCGAAGCACUACAGAGAUCAAGGGGGGCCCUUCUACAACAGCUGCAUGCAAGAGGGACAUAAUGUCCUUCUUUAAGUCGAAAGACUCAGAUCUCAGUUGUGCUACUACUAGUACAUGUACUACAUCUAAUACCAGUAAUGACAGUGAAGACACUCUUACUAUUUUAAGUAGUGAUGAUGAUAGAUAUAUGAUAAAGAAGAGAAAGUUAGAUUUACAAGAAGGGUACACUGAGGUGAUUGGAGAUGAGAAUUUGGAAGGAAACGAGGUUGAGUUUUGUGAAGAGAAGGAAGCUGUGAUAAGCUCAAUGGUUAUUGAGAAAGUUGGACAGACCAGGACUGUAGUUGGUAAAGAAUUUGAUAACAUAGAUGAAUUUGGUGAUAAUGUUGAACUGAUAGAUAGUACUUCAGAAACGGCUGUAGUUAAAGAGUUGGACGGUUUGGAAGUCAGAUCAGUGCAAAAUGUUACAGUCGAAGUUGAUAGCACAUCUGUCGCCGAUGAAAAAGUCAGAAUGGUGGGAAGUGAAGAGAGGAGGGUAGAUUAUAAAGAGCUGAGUAAUAUUAGCGUUUUUGAUGAAAUUGUCACAGAGAAGGAGUCUGUUGGUGAAGGUGACGUAGAUCAAGCUAAGGAGUGCCAAACGGGAAUGAAAAGCACUGAAGAAAUAAUUUCUGCAGUAAGAGGAAAUGAGGAAAACAGUGAUCAUUUUUUAUAGUUUCGAAUCCCCAGAGGACAUUUACUCUGGGGGAACAACCUGAAACAGAAUUAAACCAACUUAUAAAUACCCUUUCUAAACAGGAAACACAGAAUCUUACUGACUUAAAACGGCAAAGGUUAUCUGAGACUAUUAGAGUUAGUUUGAUGGAAGAGUUUAGCCUUUCCCAGUAUGUGAUGACAAAGGAAGCAAAGUGCAUUCAAAAUCAUCAAAACUGUAUGGCAUGUACUUGUAAUAACAUGGUCACAGCUGGGAAAAUUGUACUUGAAAAAAAAAUAGUGCCACUGUCCUACUUGUGGAACAAAUGUUUUACUGGUAUGGCCUAUGAUUGCGAAAAGGCACAAAAGAGACUGUUGCAAAUUCCAUUGGCAGCCUUAAAAAUUGAUGGAAGAAUUUACAUAGUUGAGAAAAAGUUAAAUGGGUCGAUAUCCGAUUACGAAUCAUUAAUAAGAGACUUUUCUUCCAGUAAUUCAUCAAAGCAAACUGAUCACACAUCCAGAGAAGAGUAUGACAACCUGCUCUGUCAUGUAGCACAAAGUGAACCUGAGAAAGAAAUUUUAAAGCAUGUAUUGUGCAGUAGUAGUAACUUGUCAAAAAGAAAAGCCAGUAGAUUGUAUGGCAUAAGUCUCCUUAGGAAACGAGCAGUGAAAGUCAAUGAAGCUUCAAGAAUUGCAAAAGAAAUAAAAGAGAGAAAUAUGGCGCUAGCUAAAGAGCAAAAGAAAACUAUGUUGCUUUCAUAUGGACUUGAUCCUGCAAAUGUCCUGACAAGUGACUCCGAAUUCAACGAUUCUGAUAGCUCUGAUGAUAGUGAUGAUGAAGAAGUAUCUUUCGAGAGUUCUGCCAGCGAAAAUGAUGAGAAAGAAAAUUCUGAGUUAGAAGCAGUUGAGGUUAAUUAUGUUGUUGUGUUAGAGAUUUUAAAAGAAUCAUCCUGGAACUGGUUUUCGUUUGUUAUAUUACUUGAGGAACACUUUAAAAACAAAGGUUAUAGUUUAGCAGUAUUUGAUCAGGUUUUAACGGACUUUGCUGCACAAUUACCAAACUUGUGUUUGAGUGAUGAAGAAAUGAGACUGACCGAACAGUCACGAAUAUCCUACUUGGAAACGCUACGACAAAAAGAUAUUGAUUUAGUUAGGAACUUCGAUUGUCUGGCUGAUUCGAGUGAUGAUGCACAAAGUGACACCGAGAUUUCAUCCCAAGAGGAAAGCAAUGCUAUAAAAAUCAAACUGAGACAGAUUAAUGACAAGUUCCUCAAGAAAUCAAAGAAAGAGAUUGCCGAGCAGCGAUGUCUGCGCAAGAAGAUUUCGCACUCUACUAAGACCAUCAUUGAUAGGUAUCCAGACAUUGGAGAUGUUAUCGAAAAUUUUGUCCAAGAGAGCGAUAUUGGUGCCGAUAGCUGGCGCAGGACAGGGGUGUAUACAUUUACUGGUAGUCAGAAAAAAUCAAAACGCGUCACAUUCGGUAAGAUAAGAGAAAAAUUGCAAGAUCACUAUGGUACACGUUUCAGCUAUGGGACUAUUGUCCAGCUCUGUGUCUGCAGGCACAAAAGGCGGCUAUCAAGUAAACGGUAUAAAGGCGUCGCAAAUGUAAGGUAUCAAAGGGCUAGAAAGAAUUUUACGUUGAAAUUCAAUCCUGAUUUUAAAUGGAGUCGCUCAUUAUACAAAUUGCUCAAUCAACUCCAGAAUGAUGGCAAAUAUAUAUUACUACUUAAUCGGGAUGACCAGGCUGGCUUCAGACUGGACUCUACUUAUACACACAAGAGCCAACCUGUACUAUCUAUUAAACCAACUGCUACCACUCACACUGAUUUUACCAGCAAGUAUGCUGCACAACUUCAGGUAACUAGUUAUAAUUUUUCCAAAACAACAACUUCUGACGAAAUUUGUAUAGGAGUUGUCAAGGCCACAGGUUUACAUGAGAAAAAUCCGUCUCAACAUGCCGCUGAUCUUCAAAGUGUUGAACAGUUGGAUGUUGUGAAGAAAGCAUUUUUUGAAAAUGACCGACCAAAGGAAAUCGAGUGUAUUAGAGUCGAUGGUGGGGGCGAUGAAGGCCCAUCUCAUCACGAAGUACAAUUUUUGUGGACGGAGCGUCAUGUAACAAAACAAACAAAAGUUACCAUGGUGACAACGAGAUGUAGUGGAGAUAGCUAUCUCAACCGUGUAGAAUUGCAGAACGGUUGCCUCAGCAAGGGCCACAGUAAUACCUUUAUACCAUCAACACUUUGUGGCUCUCCCUAUAACAGUGAAGGCGGUUUGGAUGAACAAAAAUACAAAGACAACAUGUCUGCAGCAGUUAAUCAAUAUAUUGAACGAGUGGACGGCACAGCCUGCAUGAAAACGAAUAUCCACCUAACGAGAGGCGCGGAAGGCCAUAUUUUUACUACGCGACGAUCUCAGCUUUUAACGUUUCUGAAAGGUAAAAAGGAAGAUAAGGAGAAACUAAGACGGAAUAAUCCAACGCUAUUCAAAUACUUUACAGAGAUCUGGCAGGUGCGAAACAACCACAUAGAUGAAAGUUUUCCCCUCAAUUAUGUCUUUAUGUUGAAAUGCUGUGGCAGGAAAGGAUGUCCGCAUCCAUUAUGUAUCAAAGGUAAAAAAAAAUAUAAGAAAGUACAGAAAACUCAUAAUAAUUCACUACAUAAUUUCAAGGUUUUUGUUUUUAGCAUCUGAAAAUUUACCCGAAAGCAAAGAAUCUAGGUUAAAAACGUAUUGUAUCUGUGGUAGACCAGAGGAAAAAGGAAGGUCAGUAACACGUCUGUGUUGUGUACACCUCUAUAAAAUUGAAUUGAAUUUUAUUUAAUUUUAAUCAUUUCAAUUACAGAUUUAUGAUCUCUUGUGACCAAUGUGGUGGUUGGUUACAUGGAAAUUGUUUGAACAUUAGUGAAGAAGCUGGGAAAUUAAUGGAGAAGGACCAUGUUCCUUUUGUGUGCCCUGAAUGCAAAAUUCCAGGUAUGCUUGCAACAUAUAUUUGUAUGACUGUUACCAAUUUGUCCAAGAAAUAAUUUAGAAUUUCAGGUAAUGUAUAACAUGCAAAUGAUUAUGAUAUGAAUAAAUAUAAAUGUGAUUCAAUAUUGUAGGUAUCAAGGAUCUGCCCAUUCCAGCAAAAUGGUCUUCUGAUGGAGUAUCCUUUUUGUUGUUUCCCUACCCAGUUUUAGACAAAAAACGACCGCCGUAUAAUACAGAGUGCAAACAAUGCGCGGGAAAUUGUUUUGGACAUUAUGUUACUGAUAUUAAGGAGUAUGUGACACUUUUCUCUGAAGGCAAAGCCAUACGAUCGCUGCCUCCAAGCCAAAUCAUCCAAGAGUUCUACAGAGAAAACAAGGACGCAAACCUUUCAGAUGAUGAUAUUGAAAAGCUUGCACGACGAUGUCUGCUUUCCCCGGAAGAUGUGAAACUUUGGCUUGAUCACCUAAAGCAAGUUACUCAAAACAGGAAACAGGGUGCUGAGAAGGCCAAGGUCACCCGCCAAAAAAACAAAAGCAAACGUUAA